UGCGUUCUUGUGGGUUUGCACAUGAAAAAGUCGCUUCAGCAAAAAAUAAUUGUUUGUAGAGUGGCUUUCCAUAUUAUCACUUUCGUAGGAUUUAAUAUCAUAAUAUCCGAUGUCAACUUCAACACAGUUUGGCGAGUGUCUGUGUGCAUGUUGCGUGUGUGUCGGUGUGUGUGUGUGUGUGUGUGUGUGUGUGUGUGUGUGUGUGUGUGUGUGUGUGUGUGUGUGUGUGUGUGUGUGUGUGUGUGUGUGUGUGUGUGCGGGGGUGUUUGUGUGUGUAUGCUCGCGUGUGCAUCUUUCACGAUGGAUUGUUUUACAGCAGUAUAAAAGGCCUGGUAUUUCAGGUCAAAUGGUUCCUGCACUCUUUGGCGUUGACCUGAGAUGUAUGGUAUCUGAUGGAUAAUAAGCAAAGAGAGAGGGCAAGCUUGGAGGAUGUCCACAUUGUUUCCUGGGAAGACAUUGAUGUCCAUUCGAGAAGACCUUGAUGUUACUCACAACUUGAAGAAUAUUUGCUUUUGACUGACUAACUCAACUGACUCUUAGAAAAUCCUUUAGAUCUAUAACCUUAUUUGGUGAGUUGAGAUACUCUUUCCCGAUCUCCUCAGCCAUGGCGUUAGAAGACUUCUGCAGCUUCAGGAACAACCCACACCUUUGGACUCCUGCAUCUCUCCUUCUGCCUCUACAAACCCCAGCCUCCUCCACCCCAGGCAUCCCCAAACACCACCACUCUGGACGGAGAAGAUCAGAGUUGAGUAACAAGGACGACGGACCACCGCUCCACCUCAGCCUCCCUCCCGCCUCCGCCGCCCGCCGCCUAAUGCCCACGGUCCGGCGGCCCUUCCCCCUGACCCACGGCACCACCACCCUGGGCUUUGUCUUCCAGGGCGGGGUGAUCGCGGCGGCCGACACCCGGGCCAGCGCCGGGGGUCUUGUGGCGUGCCCCGAGGUCCACAAGAUCAUCCCCGUCCACUCCCACCUGGUGGUCACGUCGUCCGGUAGCGGCGCCGACUGUGUGCUGUGGGCGCGGGCGCUGGAACGCGAGAUCCGGCUGUACCGGCUACGCCACGGCCGCGUUCUGUCGGUGCGUGGCACCGCCAAGCUGCUGGCGUUCAUGCUGCAUCCGUUCAAAGGGACGGAUUUGUGUGUGGCCCUCACCCUGUGUGGGUGGGACCAGGGACCAAAUGGAGGUCCCCGUGAUGGAGUGGACCAGGGCUCGGCGGGGUCAUCCGGGGAUGCAACCGCAACGGAAGCACUGAGUCGGAUAGAAGGGACGUCUCCGGCUCCGGGUCACGUGACCCAGAGUCCUGUCUCUGAACAGUCUGGCCUCUCCUCCUCUUCUUCCUCCUCCUCCUCCUCCUCCUCCUCUUCCACUUUCCCAGGACCCUCCUCGCCUUCCGCCUCCUCCUCCUCCUCCUCCUCUUCCUCCCCCUACUCCACCUCCUCCAUCUCCUCCACAGCUAGAGAAGGCCCAAAGGUGAUCUACGUGUGCAGCGAUGGCGCCCGCCUGCAAGGGGAGCUGUUCUCCGUGGGGUCGGGCUCCCCGUACGCCUACGGGAUCCUUGAUGGAGGCCUGAGGUGGACCCUGAGCCGAGAGGAGGCCUUCUCAUUGGCCAGGGAGGCCGUCUUCCGAGCCACUCACAGGGACGCGUACUCUGGGAAUAACGUGGACCUCGUUUACAUCACGGAAAAGGGUUGGAGUCGCAGAGACAGAGAAGACCUGAAAGAGGAAUAUUACACACGAAAGGAGGAUAUAGGGAAGAUAGUGGAGGAAAGAUGUAGAAAGACUGACUGAGUUUUUAUUUUAUGAACCCUGUUGUUUUUGGUAGUUAUUAAUAAAUUGUGUGUU